GCUACUUCUCACUGCUCACAGGCACUAUGCAGAGGACUGCACAUUUGUGCUAAUGCAAGAGGGGGAAUCUUCACCAACAGGCCUGCAGAAUGUUUCUGGGAAUAGUCUGUGAGGAGAAUGUUGAAAGCUGAUGGCAGAAUUAUCAUUCAAACGUAGGUUAUUUGUUUUACAUCCUUACCCUAACGUGCAUUCUCUACACCCGGGCUCUGCCUGACUAUUCGCACCCACACCCCACUCCACGGCUCACUGUGAGGAUAUUGUCGUUUGAGUUUGCCGCUUCCUGUUUGCUUGCAAUAGAUUCAGAACCAAAGUGAAAGCGAUCAAUAGCGACAACAAAGCCAGAGUUUGAACACUCGAAUUCAUGGCUCACGCAGACGAGCAGCCUGCAUACGCGCUGAGAUCUCUGCAUUCAGAAGAAGUUAGUUUUGUUAGAUUUGUUAAUCUGACCCAGCGCACCGCAAGACCCUGGUGGAUCGAUUUUAAUGCACGUCCUCAGAAUUAUGAUGACAUUGCACCGGGAGGCACUCUGCACAUGUGCACCUAUCGCACUCAUCCUUGGGUUUUUCGAGAUGCAAACACUGGGGAUAAAUUGCUUAUAAAUAACGAUGAGAUUUAUUUUCCAACAUCUGCAUUAUACGAUGGAAACAAACCCAUUUAUCUUCCUAUUUACAUCACAUUUCCAGUGUAUUCACUGAAGGAUUGUUGCUUGCAAUGUAUUCGCAAACAUGUGAAGUUGGAAGACUACAUAAAGUUGGAAAUUCCACAGUCAUUGCAAACUGAUCUUAAAAAUUCUCCACAUCUGCUAAGGGAGAUUAAAAACUUGAGCACUCGCUACAGAAACAGCUAACAACUUAAACAUUGCUAGUAUUGCUUGUGUGCUAUUUCCAUUUCCAUUUGCCUGCAUUUCUACCUUGCGUUAGCUUUGUAAACCUGUACAGCUAUUCAUUAUUAUUCCUUCGUUAAAGUACGGCUUGACUUCUUCCCUUUCUCUUGAAUUUCUAUGUUUUUACCAGUUUGAAGAAUUAUUCAAUAUUUAAUGGGACACUUAAAGAAUUAUUUUCCAAUAUAUAGUUACAAAAUUAGGGAUUUAUUAGUGGAGGAGAUGCUAAUUUUAUUCUGCCACUAUAAAAUUGAUGGAAGAUCUUAUGCAUUAAUUAUGAGCAUAAAAAUAGUUAGUUUGUAAAACAGGACAUAAUUGUAUUUGUCUUUCAAAUCAGGAUGAAAUUAAUUGCCCCCUUCCAUAAGUAAUGGUUAAGAAUGGAAUGCAAUAACAAUGAAAAAUCUCAUGCUCUGCUUCAUAGCCAAUAAGUUAUUAAUGUGCAGUUUAAAAAUCAAUACACUGACCAGCAAGUCAAAUAAUUCUAAUCUUUAAAACAAAGAGUUAAGAGCCACCUCACAAUUAUAGGUCUGGAUAUUUUCCAUCCCUCUGCCCCUGUGUUCCUACUAAAUGGUGAUUAAUAAAGUGCACCCAAAAUAUAGUAGGCCAGGUCAUUAGAGCAUCCUGACUGCUAUUGAAGAAUAGCAGCUUGGAAGGUUUAAGAACCAAAGGACAAACGGGAGGCCUUGUGAAUGAUGCUGUUUGAUUUAUGGUGUCACCUUUAUUGUCCCUGUCUUCCUUGGGCUGAUCUGAGGCAGUCUCGUGCACAAGCCCCAUUGUCAAUUUCUUUGGACUCUCCUGAAAGAGACCUUUCUGAUUCAGACAGAUGAAAAUGAAGUGAGAGGUCCAGGAAUGCAUUUCUACAGCUACGUUGCCUGUCCUUGCACUGACCUAGAUGUCUCAGGAAUUGUGGACAUUGCAAGUGAGCUAUAGGACUAACAGAACAUGUGUUGCCCCAUUUUCCUUUCCGUACAACUAAAGAAAUAAGAAUUUCCUGGAUACAAAGGGGAAAAUAUGAUAAGAUAUUUUGGGGGAUAAAUAUUACUCUGACAAUAAUAAUUGACCUUUAUCUCAUAAGAUAGUGAACACAUAAAGCAAUUGUUUUAUUGAUUGUUCUUGACUCACUCUUCAGUUUGUCAUCAGAAUCAGUUGUUAUAUGUAAGUUUGAACGUCUUUGUUGUCUCUGCAUGGUUUGUUAUUUCUGAGAAUUUACACUACUCGGUUUUUGAACACUCAGCAGCUCAGGCAGCAUCAGUGGAAAGAAAAAUAGAGUUACUGUUUCAGAUGUGGGAUAGGGAGUAAGCAAGUUAGCUUUACGUUGCAGUAAAGGUGGUGGAGGGUUAUCUGAUAGAUUAAUGGAGGUGGUAAGAGAGAACAUUUUAGGUCGGACAUCUUCCGAUGGAACUGGGAAAAUGAGAAAACAAGUUUGGCUUAAGUGGCUGAGUGAGGGGUGGAUAGGACAAAGAGUGAGGCCAAGGUUGCAGUAGUGAUAAGUGGUUGAUGAUGCAUCUGGCUGAAAGAUUAAUGAGGGCAAUUAGAGAGAGAGGGAGAAAAUAAACAAAGUGACAUGUAAGAACUAUGAAAUGCAGGUCAGGGCUGUAUAUGUUACCUCUUUUUCUCUUCCCUCAAAUGCUGCCUGACCUGUUGAGUGUUUUCAGUUUUUCCUGUUUUCAUUUCAGACUUCCAGCAUCUGCAGUUUUCUGAUUUUCAUUUCCUAUUGAUUUUGGGAUUGUUCAAUCUUGGACUCUAGAAAAAUGUUAUUCAUCAUUAAAUAAGCUCAAUAUAAAUGAUCUAUUAUCUCAUUAUUAUGUUCGCUACAUGAAUAGGUGCACUGGCAUGUGGAACAGCAUGGGAAUAGGGCAU